AUGCAAGGGAGUGCGGCUGCCUGCGCUGAGGGGUGGCGGCAAGCGUCGUUGCAGCGGUUGCUGAUGUGUGUUUCUUUGCCUUUUUGUCUUGAAUUACCCUUCGCUUCUCCUGUUCGUUUUUGGUUGGUUGUGUGCGACAAGGUGUGUAGUGCUGCCUUCUGGCUCCGCUGCUGCGGCUGUGGGAGUAGUGCGAAGGUUGGGGCGCAUGGCUCUGUGGCCACGGCGCUCCUCGUGCCUGCUGGCACGGAGAAGGUUGACGGUGCGCGGCUCCUGGGGUUGCUUUUGAGCGUCUUUUUUUUUGUCCGGCACGACUGGUUCCCACCGCCAUCGCAUGCCACUGUGGGAAGAUGCCGGCAGACUGAAGCGGCUGCGUCGGUGUGGCUAUUGCCGGCGGCUAGCUGCUGUGUGCUCCUCUGUGCUGUCGCGAGGUGCAGGGGGCGCGCGGGAAGGCCAUGCGGGGCGUGCCGUGGUGCGCAGCAGAGGCUGGCGAUGGGAAGGCUCCGCAGUUUUUGA